UCCAAUAAAUAUUGUUGAAGAUGAUGCAAUUGAUAAGAUGGAGAUUAAAUUGGCUCCUGAAAAGAAAUCAAAGCGUGUCUAUGCGUCUACUCCACCUGAUGUUGGUGCAAAAAUCAGUCUAACACUGAAAAACUUGAAUGCAGUUACAGGUAUGUUCAGUAAAAAAAUGAAGAAAGUUCACAGUGAUCCUAUUCUACAUGCUCAAAGAGUAGAAGCUAUGAAGAGAGCAAAGAGGACACCUGCAGCAAGGCAACAUGCGUCUAACAUGAUGAAAUCCUUCUUCAGUAAUCCAGAAAAUCGACUCAAGCGUAGUCUUUCUAUGAAAGGAGUUAAAUUUUAUUGUCACAACUGUGGUGAAGAGGGCCAUCGAAGUCAUUAUUGUCCAUCUUUGAAAGAUACGUCUGGACGGAAGAGGUAUAAAUGCAGAUUAUGUGGGAAGUCUGGUCACAAUCGUACAACUUGCAAACGAAAAAGAGAGCAUAAAAGCCAUGGUAGGCCAUAUAAUUGUACUGUUUGUGGACAAAGUGGCCACAAUAGCAAGACCUGUCCUCAAAAUGACCAAGCAAAAGGUUUUAGUAGCCAGCAUCAGAAUCAAGAGUUGCCAAAUAAUGUAAAUAUUAUUAGUCGUCAAACUAUUAAGUGCAGCAUUUGUUGUGAACGAGGUCAUAAUGCUAGGAGUUGCUCCCAUCGGUUGAAGCUUCAAAACACAAAAGCCCAAAAAAAUUUGCUGAAAUGACUUAACAUUAAUCUUGUAAUAAGCAUUUUGAUUAGUUGCCAAAUUGUCAAGUUCUAUUAAUAUCCUUUUAACUCCACCUUUGGAUUAGUUUUUUUGGGGAAAGCCUGGCUAGUUUGAAUCAAUAAUGUGGCUUCUGGAUCGGGCAUUUUAUCUCAUAUCAAACUUUACUAUAUCCACAUAAAAAUAGAAAAUUCCAAUGAAUACUCUAAAAUUUUAAAAUAGAUUGGCCUUUGAUUUUAU